CACACACACACACACACAGAGUCCGGAGGAGGAGGAGAAGAAGAAGGAGGAGGAGGAGGAGGGUGUUUGAGAGGAGAGCAGUCUCCGGUCACUUUGGACUCAGCCGCCAAACGGCAAACUCUGGAAAGACGCACGCGCUCGUCUCUCCUUUUUUUUCGCUGUCUUUGGUUUGUCUCGCGGAUCUGCCCGGUAGUGCGUGUGUGCGCGUGUGUGCGCGUGUUUCCCGUGGAGCCCAGAGAGAGAGAGAGAGAGAGAGAGAGAAGGAGAAACGUCGGAGUUUCCGGACGCGGCCAUUUCUCUAAACCGUGCACGGAUCUGCGAUGGCACUCAUCAUCAUCAUCAGCACCUUCAUCAUCACCAUGAGCAUCAUGAGCCUCAGCAGCAGCAGCAGCAGUCAGAGUGCGGCUUGAAAAGAACAGAAGCAGCUGCAGAAAAGUUGCUGCGGAAACACCGGGCGCGCGCCUCGCACUCAGGCGGAAUUUAAAACGGCUGGGAAUUUUUUCUUUCUUUCUUUCAAUUCCGUGACGACGUUUGUGGAAUUGCUUGCGUUUGGUUUUGCUGAAUUCAUCAACCAAAAAAAAAAAAAAAAAAAAGUGUCGAGGAGUUUGGUUUGCUGUGCGCCUCUGCUCCCUCUGUCUGUCUCUAUCUAUCCGCAGCGUGCACGCGACUGCGAUUGCGACUACAGCUGGAGCAGGAGAGGGAGAGGUUCUGGUUCUAGUGCUGGUGCUGGUACUGGUGGUGGUGCUGGAGUCCAAACCCGCAGCACAGGUCCAUAAUGUCCUCAAACUCAAGCCAAGCCUGAAUAUCAAUCUGCUGCAAAUACUUGACUUGAGACCUUCUUCUGCACCAUAUUGUCAGGACAAUGGCUUCCCACCAUAGAAAAUUGAACUGUUUAUUGGUUUCUUGCUGCUUCUUUGUUUCUUUGCUUCCCCUCUCCACCUCAAAGCCACAGCAGCCUUCCAUUGCAUCCAAAGUGGAUGAACACUACAGAACUUUCCAUGCUGAGAACCCAGAAUGGACCUUUAACCACUUGUCAGUGGACUACAGAAAUGGGAAUGUGUACCUAGGUGCAGUCAACCGCAUCUAUAAGCUCUCACAAGAGUUAGAUGUGCUGGUGUCGCACCAAACUGGCCCAGAGGAGGACAACCGCAACUGUUACCCACCACGAAUCGUGCAGCCGUGCAGUGAGCCACUGACGCUCACCAACAACAUCAACAAAAUGCUGCUAAUUGACUACAGAGCCAACCGGCUGCUAGCUUGCGGGAGCCUCUACCAGGGUAUCUGCAAGCUGCUUCGCCUGGACGACCUCUUCAAGCUUGGAGAGCCCUUUCACAAGAAAGAGCAUUACCUCUCAGGUGUCAAUGAGAGUGACUCUGUUUUUGGUGUCAUCGUGUCUUAUGGUAACUCUUCACCUGACAAGCUGUUUGUGGCCACAGCAGUCGACGGGAGGCCUGAGUACUUCCCGACCAUCUCGAGUCGCAAACUGGCCCGCAAUUCAGAGGAGGACGGCAUGUUCGCUUAUGUCUUCCAUGAUGAGUUUGUAGCCUCCAUGAUCAAGAUCCCAUCAGACACCUUUACCGUGGUGCCUGAUUUUGACAUAUAUUACGUAUAUGGCUUCGCCAGCGGCAACUUCGUCUACUUCCUAACACUGCAGCCAGAGAUGGGCGGUGGUCCAGCUGCAGGUUCGUCCUCAGCCAACCGGGAACAAGUGUUCACUUCUAAACUGGUGCGACUCUGCAAGGACGACACAGCAUUCAACUCAUAUGUAGAGGUUCCCCUUGGUUGUGUCAAGGGUGGUGUGGAGUAUCGCCUUCUCCAGGCUGCCUAUUUCUCUAAGGCAGGUGCCAUUCUGGCUCGCGCGCUGGGUGUGGGCGCGGAUGAUGACAUCCUUUAUGCUGUGUUCUCCAAAGGCCAGAAGAGGCGGCCAAAGGAAACGUCUCAAGAGUCGGCCUUGUGCGUGUUUGCCCUGAAGGAGAUCAAUGAGAGAAUUAAAGAUAGGCUGCAGUCCUGUUACAAAGGAGAGGGCACUCUGGAUCUGGCCUGGCUCAAAGUGAAGGAUAUUCACUGCAGCAGUGCGCUCCUGACCAUCGAUGACAAUUUCUGCGGAUUGGAUAUGAACGCGCCGCUCGGGGUGUCCGAGAUGGUCCGUGGGAUUCCGCUGUUCUCUGAAUCCAGUGACAAAAUGACCUCAGUGAUCGCCUAUGUCUACAAGAACCACUCGCUGGCCUACGUAGGCACCAAGAGCGGCUGGCUGAAAAAGAUCCGGGUGGACGGACCAUCCCAUGGCGCUUUUCAGUAUGAAACGUUGCAGGUGGUGGAAAACGGGCCGAUCCUGCGAGACAUGGCCUUCUCGGCUGAUCAGCACUUCCUGUACGUGAUGUCAGAGAACCAGCUCACACGUGUUCCAGUCGAGGCUUGCGAGCAGUAUUCAUCCUGCAACAAGUGUCUGGGCUCCGGGGAUCCUCACUGCGGAUGGUGUGUGCUGCACAGCAUGUGCACCAGAAAGGAGAAGUGUGAAAGGUCAUCUGAGCCACGUCGCUUCACCUCAGAUAUCAAGCAGUGCGUCAGGCUGAGCGUCUACCCCAGCAACAUCUCAGUGUCCCAGUACAGUGUCACGCUCAUCCUGGAAGCCCACAAUGUUCCUGAGCUCUCCGCUGGCGUCAACUGCACCUUUGAAGACCUGGCCGAGAUGGAGGGACUUGUGGAAGGCAAUCGCAUCACUUGCAGUUCUCCGGCUGAGAAAGAGGUCCCACGUAUCAUUGUAGACCAAGGUGACCAUCAGGUCGUGCAACUUUACCUCAAGUCCAAAGAAACAGGACUUGCAUUUGCCAACACAAGCUUUGUCUUCUAUAACUGCAGUGUCCAUAAAUCGUGUCUUUCUUGUGUUGGAAGCCCAUACCAAUGUCACUGGUGCAAGUACCGUCACAUCUGCACCCACGACCCACGCAGCUGCUCUUUCCAAGAGGGACGGGUCAAGCAGCCUGAAGAGUGUCCCCAGCUGCUUCCCGCUGAUCGCAUCCUGGUGCCGGUGAACGUGGUGAAGCCCAUCACCCUGCGUGCCAAGAACUUGCCCCAGCCACAGUCGGGUCAGCGUGGCUACGAGUGUGUGCUCACCAUCCAGGGGGCAGAGCAGAGAGUCCCCGCCCUCCGCUUCAACAGCUCCAGCGUGCAGUGCCAGAACACCUCUUACUCGUAUGAAGGGAUGGAGAUGAGUAGCCUCGCUGUGGAGCUGAUGGUCAUCUGGAAUGGAGAUUUUAGCAUCGAUAACCCAGCCCAAAACAAAGUCCACCUGUAUAAAUGUGACGCGAGGCGUGAGAGCUGUGGUCUGUGUCUGAAGGCUGAUCCGCUGUUUGGCUGUGUGUGGUGUAAAGGGGAGAAGCGCUGCACUCUCAAACAGCACUGCCCUCAUCCACAGAGCAUGUGGCUCCAACACAACGGCAUCAACAGCAAGUGCACACACCCAAAGAUCACCAAGAUCACCCCACUGCGAGGGCCUCGGGAAGGUGGUACACUGGUGACGAUCCGCGGAGAGAACCUUGGCCUGGAUUUCCACGAGAUCCAGGGCAACGUUAAGGUGGCCGAAGUGGAGUGCACACCUGUUCCAGAAGGAUACAUCCCUGCUGAACAGAUCGUGUGCAAGAUGGGAAAAGCCGAGUCGAGUCAGUUUGCCGGAAACAUCCAAGUCUGCGUAGGGGAGUGUCAGCCCGAGUUCAUGGCCAAGUCCUCCAACUAUUACUACUUUGUGAUCCCCAGACUGCACUCUCUGAAGCCCAGCCGCGGUCCCGUAUCUGGAGGCACCAUCGUCAACAUCACAGGAAGCAACCUGGACUCCGGAAGCAACGUGUCCAUCAUGUUCAAGGACCAGAAGUGCACUUACCACAGACGAGGGGGUCAGUGGAUCACGUGUCGCUCUCACGCAUCCACUCAAGGCAACGGGGCAGUAGCCGUAUCUGUGUACGUCGACAAGGCCCACAUCCACAAGGACCUCCAGUUUGAGUAUGUUGAAGAUCCGACCGUCACCAAGCUGGAACCAGAAUGGAGCAUUUUCAGUGGAAACACACCAGUGACAGUGACCGGAACCAACCUGGACAUCAUCCAGAACCCACAAAUCAGAGCCAAGUACAACAACCAGGAGACGACCAACUUUUGCCAGGUGCUCAGUUCCACCUCGAUGCUGUGCCAAGCCCCAGCACUGCCCGGUGGCCUGAGCCGGCAGAAGGAGGUGGUGGAGAAACCUGACGAGUUUGGCUUCAUCCUCGACAACGUGCAGGCUGUGCUGGCUCUCAAGAACAUCAACUUCCUGUAUUACCCCAACCCCAUAUUCGAGCCUCUCAGUGCAUCUGGAGUGCAGGAGCUCAAGCCUGGAUCUCCCAUUAUUCUGAAGGGCAGGAACUUCCUCCCUCUUACCCCUGGAGGCAACGGCAAACUGAACUACACUGUUCUAAUCGGAGAAAAACCCUGCGCCUUAACUGUAUCUGAUACCCAGCUGCUGUGCGAAUCACCCAAUCUAACUGGACGCCACAAAGUUCUGGCCCGUGUGGGUGGCAUUGAGUUUUCCCCUGGCAUGGUCCACAUCACCUCCGACAGCCCCCUCAGCAACACUGCCAUCAUCAGCAUCGCCGGAGCCGGAUGCCUCCUUGUCCUCUUCAUCAUCUACGUUCUCAUCGCCUACAAGCUCAAGUCCCGCGAAAGCGACCUGACCCUGAAACGCCUGCAGAUGCAGAUGGACAAUCUCGAAUCCAGAGUGGCACUGGAGUGUAAAGAAGCAUUUGCAGAGCUGCAGACGGAUAUUAAUGAGUUGACCAGUGACCUGGAUGGAACUGGGAUCCCGUUUCUAGACUACAGAACCUACACCAUGCGUGUUCUCUUCCCUGGCAUCGAGGAACAUCCUGUUCUUAAAGACCUGGAGGUGCCGGGCUACAGGCAGGAGCAGGUGAAAAAGGGUCUGGAGCGUUUCAGUCAGCUGAUCAACAACAAGGUGUUCCUGCUGACCUUCAUCCGUACGCUGGAGUCUCAGCGAGGCUUCUCCAUGAGAGACCGCGGCAACGUGGCCUCGCUCAUCAUGACUGUGCUGCAGAGCAAGCUGGAGUACGCUACUGACGUCCUCAAACACCUGCUGUCUGACCUCAUCGACAAGAACCUGGAGAGCAAGAACCACCCCAAACUGCUGCUGCGCAGGACGGAGUCUGUUGCGGAGAAAAUGCUGACGAACUGGUUCACGUUUCUGCUCUACAAAUUCCUAAAGGAGUGCGCCGGCGAGCCCCUGUUUUCCCUCUUCUGUGCCAUCAAGCAGCAGAUGGAGAAAGGCCCUAUCGACUCCAUCACGGGAGAGGCACGCUACUCUCUCAGCGAGGACAAGCUCAUCAGGCAGCAGAUCGACUACAAGACACUGGUGGUGAACUGCAUUCACCCGGACAACGAGAAGAGCCCAGAGAUUCAGGUGAAAGUACUGAACUGUGACACGAUCAGUCAAGUGAAGGAGAAGCUCCUGGAUGCCAUCUACAAGAAUGUUCCUUAUUCCCAUCGCCAGAAAGCCUCAGACAUGGAUCUAGAGUGGCGUCAAGGCAGAGGGGUUCGGAUCAUCCUGCAGGAUGAGGACACGACCACGAGGAUCGAGAGUGACUGGAAGAGGCUCAACAUGCUGUCUCAUUACCAGGUGUCUGAUAACGCACUGGUGGCUCUCGUACCGAAGCAGGUCACUGCCUACAACUCUGUUAACAACUCCACUGUCUCCAGGACAUCUGCUAGCAAAUACGAAAACAUGAUCAAAUACACAGGCAGCCCAGACAGCCUGCGCUCUCGUACACCCAUGAUCACACCUGACCUGGAAAGUGGAGUCAAAGUUUGGCACCUGGUGAAGAACCACGAGCACGGAGACCAGAAGGAGGGCGACCGCGGGAGCAAGAUGGUCUCCGAGAUUUACCUGACCAGACUCCUGGCGACCAAGGGCACGCUGCAGAAGUUUGUAGACGACCUGUUUGAGACCAUCUUCAGCACGGCACACAGAGGAAGCGCCCUCCCCCUCGCCAUAAAGUACAUGUUCGACUUCCUGGAUGAGCAAGCUGACAAACACGGCAUCCACGACCCUCAUGUCCGGCACACAUGGAAGAGCAACUGCCUACCUCUGAGGUUUUGGGUGAACGUGAUUAAAAACCCCCAGUUUGUGUUCGACAUCCAUAAGAGCAGCAUCACAGACGCCUGCUUGUCUGUGGUGGCACAGACCUUCAUGGACUCCUGCUCCACAUCCGAGCACCGCCUGGGUAAAGACUCGCCCUCCAACAAGCUGCUGUACGCCAAGGACAUCCCCAGCUACAAGAGCUGGGUGGAGAGAUACUACUCGGACAUCAGUAAAAUGCCUGCCAUCAGCGACCAGGAUAUGAACGCUUACCUGGCCGAGCAGUCCCGUAUGCACAUGAACGAGUUCAACACCAUGAGCUCCCUCAGUGAGAUCUAUUCAUACGUGGGAAAAUAUGCAGAGGAGAUUGUGUAUGCACUGGAGGAGGAUGACAGUGUCAGGAAACAGGAACUGGCCCACAAGCUGGAGCAGGUGGUCGCCUUCAUGAGCCUGGACAGCUGAGGACCACGUUUCCCAGAGCGCACUGGGACCGCCGUCAGAAAACUAGGGGGAAAAAAAAAACAACCGAGCCGUGCCUGAGCACCUGUACAUCUUCUGUUUUCUUGCAAACUUCCUAUCAAUCGAGCAACCAAGAAUCCGCAUCACAUUCAAGCUCUGCUUCCUAGAUGACUAGAAACAGGCCAAGGAGCUGGAGACUGCUACGUUACCCAUGAUGCAACAGGGAGGGGGAGAGGGUUGAGGCUCUGGAUGUACUACCUGCGAAACCCUCUCUCCUUCCCCGGGAAAAAAGUUUUCUUUUAAAAAAAAAUAAUAAUAGUAAUGAUAAUGCUACAUUUAUGUUGCCUUUAAAAAUAUAGCUGUUAAGCAAAGUGUUUCGCAUCCACAACGUUGGUGUUCUCAUUUUAUCGACUAGGAUUGUGCGUGACACUAUGAUAGAGUCUCAUUGUAGUACCAAAACAUGGAAAGGGACACUUUUGGUACAUUAUCAGACCAGAAAAAAAACUUGAAGUUCUUUGAGUUUACAAGACAGAAAAUGAAAAAAUAAAAUAAAAUAAAAGACACACUGGGAACAUUCAAGAUGGCACGUCUGGGAUGCUGACUGUCUGUGGCACGGAAACGAGCGCACGAAAAAAAUUACAGGUUUGAUUGCCUCUGAUGAAAGCACACACUCUCUCUCUCUCUCUCUCUCUUGCUCUCACUCUCUUUCUCUCUCUCUCUCUCUCUCUCACACACACACACACACACACACACCCUAAUCCAGCUGUGAGGGUUUCCUCUGGGCUUUUUUCGGGUGAGGUUUAAGGAUCACGUCCUCUAAAACAAGCACAUGUUCUGUAGCUGCCUCAGAUUCAUAACCUCUACUAGAAUUAGUCGCUGAGACGGGGAUUGUUGUGUUGUGUGUGUGUGUGUGUUAAAAAAAAAAACACAAAUACGAGUCGUUCACUGCCACAGAGUUUGCAGUUACACAAAUUACAUGAGGAAAGAAGAAGAAGAGGAAGAAAAAAGCCAAAGGAGAUGAUGUGAUGAAGUGAUGAGCGCAAUUUUUUCAGUGGCAGAAACCCAGACGCACAACCAAAGGUCUAUCUGCUAUCUGAUCCUCGGGAAAAAAAAAAAAAGAGGAAGGAAAAAAAAAAUGUACUCAUGAUUGGUAAGACUUUGUUUGAUUGUGUAAAAUGGACUCUGCUGGGGAAAAUCUUUAAAAAAACAAACAAAAAGAAUUCCCCGAACGACAACCGAUGACAGACUGAAAUGAAACGACGGACACCUCUGAAGCACCGUUCAGUCCUUCAGCCUCUGACCUUUGACCUUUCUUUUGCCUUGACAGAGUGCUCCAUGUGGUGAUUUGAGACCAAUGUGUGGAUCCACCUUUGGGUACUUUAUCAGCUUUUUUUAAGCGCAUGUACUUCAAUUUAAACUUGAUGAAAAAUGAAAGAAAAAAAACCCGCAACGGAACCUUAGAGAAAAAUAAGCCUUGCUAAAAUGAUGUGGAUGUGUUCUUUUCUUUCUUUUGUUUGGAAGAACAAGAAAGGGAGAUGGCAAAAAAAAACGAUCCGUCCAUCUAAAGCCACAAGUUCUGUUAAGGUGGAACCUUUAUCCGACUCACCCGGUCAUCCUCAUGUUUUUCGUGAAAGUGUUAAAUAAACAGUUAUUAUGCUGAUAAUAAGAUCGAUGCCGUAAUCGAGUAUAGUAUAUUAUACCCUUUGCAUGUUUGACCUAUUUGGAUGUUAUGAAAUGAAACUGCCUUGCAAUCGAAGCUAUUUAUCUGAUACUACUAGAAAUUUCUGAAUUUUAAGAAGAAUCGUUUGUUUAGAUGAUCAACAGUUAGAUGUCACGUCAGCAAUCAUGUGUCAUGAAGAAACGUCGCAGUCCCUCAGGUAGAUGAUUUAGCCGUUAGCAUUCGUGUUCAUGUUGAACAGCCGCACAAUACACGUUACUGUUACUGCUGCACCAUGAAAAACAUGCAUACGCACCUUUCUGUUUCUUUAUUUCUUUUCUUUCCAUACUCCAUCCAUCUGAUGUCGAUUUCAUGACCAGGACUGUUUACUGACUUUUUUUUUUUUUUGGAAGUAGCGAUUUUUAUUAUUGUGGUGCUUCACUCUUAGAAAAAAAAAGAUUUGGAUGGUUGUUAUGUAGUUCAGUUCAAUUCAAAGAGCGUAUUCUCGUUCAGUAUGUUUACAUUCAGACUAAUAUUUAACAAUUAUUUGCUGAAGGUGAAGCGAAUAUAGGUGAAUAAUAACCAAGACAAAGAAGUCAAGGUCGUUAUUCACUGAUAUUCACUGAACCUGAGACGGAUAAUUGUUUUAGUAUAAAUACACAGGUGAUUAUUUAAAAAAUUUUUUUUAAUUAUUUCAAUCUUCAAAAGCAGCAUUCUAAUGUAAUAACUUUGCGGCGCAGACUUGUCACUUAUCUACGCCGAGUCACAUAAAAUACUUUGUUUUGAAAUCGAUAAAAUAAAUCACAAUUCCUUUUUACCGUUGAAUAGUUUCAGACCAAACUUUGUAGCAUCUUUAGUGCUUUUAUUCUAGGAACAGCAUUUUCUUUCAUAAUCUGUAAUUCUUCCUCACUUACGGUGACGAAGAAAUCGGCCACCAUUUUGCCGAGUCGCUCGAGGUGAUUAUCGAGAAUUAGUACGAAUCUCUCGACCAAUCAGCGUGCAUGAUUUUCUAUAAUCACCUUUAUAUUUAUACUAAUACAUUAUUAUUAUUCUGAAUACAGCGAUAUUUGGAAUUUGAUACGGGUCAUGUAAACAGCAUGUAUUCUGAACUUGGCCUUAUUCCAAAUUUAGGAUUUUCCGAUUAAGACGUGGGAUAUCGUUGAUAUUAUUCAGGUUUUAGGCGCGUUCUUUGGAGUUGUAUACAGCACAUUCGGAAUACGCGUCUCAGUUGGGGUUUUUACGGCGGUUGCUUGGUUGCGGUCGGCUCUGUACAUGGUUGUAAACGCUAGAAAUGUAAUUAAACAAGAAUAUUAGGGGAAUAUUCAGCUUAGUAGGAAUAUUGUCUGUUUCGGAAUAAGGGCAAAAACUGGAAUAUAUUGUGCAUGUUAAACAUAAUGAUUGUUCUACACACAGUGAAAUUCCAUUAGUGACAAAACUGACAAUAGAUACACAAUAAAUGCUGGCACAAAAGUACAAAAACAACAUAAGUGCAAAAUACAAGUACCGUACAAGACAUAUCAAGUACUUGUGAAAAGGUUUCCUCUUUCGAAACCCUUCCUGAUCGUAAAACACUCAGUCGUUGGGUUCCAACACAGAACCUUUCACAGGCUGAUUUCACUGAUUAUUUUGUUUCUCAACAGCUCUCUCUCUCUCUCUCUCUCUCUCACACAUUUUACGCUUCUACAGGAAGCGGCCAUUUUGUAAUUCACUGCUGCUUACAUUUUACUGGUCACAGUGAGGCUGUGACAACCGACAGCUGGAAGACGUUCAAGGUUUCCGAGUGACGUCCAGCUUUUUUUUAAACUUCCUGACCAAUCACAGGGCAGCACAGUGGUGUAGUGGUUAUCACUGUUGCCUCACAGCAAGAAGGUUCUAGGUUCGAGCCUAGUGGCUGAUAUGAUCCCUCCAUGUUAAUCUUGUGUCAGAAUAUACGAGACUCUGCCUUUCCGGGAUGCUCUUUUUGUUUUAAUACCCAAUCAUGUUACUGUCCUGGGUGGCACGGUGGUGUAGUGGUUAGCACUGUUGCCUCACAACAAGAAAGUUCUGGGUUCAAGCCCAGUGGGCGAUGGGGACCUUUCUGUGCGGAGUUUGCAUGUUCUCCCCGUGUCCGCGUGGGUUUCCUCCGGGUGCUCCGGUUUCCCCUACAGUCCAAAGACAUGCAGAUUAAGAUAAUUGGCUGCUCUAAAUUGCCCAAAGUCUCAAACUUGGAGACAGAUGGGCUCUGCUAAGUCUAAACACCCUCGACACACCAAUGAUGGACUGUUAAAAUGUCAUCAGUGGUGCCCCAUGGCCCUUGCCAGUUAUGAGAAGAAGAAAAAGACGACCAAUCACAUCACAAGCUGGGAGAGAAAAACAAACAUAAAGGACAAAGUGCUGGAAAAAUGACUGUUCUUGGGGAGCAAAUAGGACGAGAUUUGCACCAUGCAUUGAAACUAUUCCAUUGCUAGUUUUCCAAUUAAAAAAAAAAUAUUAAAGUGUGUGUAGGUUUAGGACGUUCCCUGGUGUACAUGAUGUGAUGUGAUGUGACGUAACGUAACGUUCCUUUAACUGUGGCGUCACACAGAUACAGUGAAGUCACACAAGCAGCUCAAACUCUGUUGAGUUCAUCAUCAGCAGAGUCACACCAAACUUCAUUCCAGCUCAGUUACUGAUGCUCAUAAAUUGAAUCUGGAGAGCAGGAUAGGACAGUUACUGUGUGUAGCUGAAGAAGACGAAGAAGAGUGUUGCUAUGGUUACAGUUUUUAUAUCAGCCAAAGAAAACAGUGUGAAAACAGCCUAAAGGAACCUUCAGGCCUAAAGAUAAAUGAACAGCCUUUAAUUUAACAUCAUGAAUAUUGUUUCAUUUAUGUAAUAUUUUUCAUUAUGAGAUUAUUAGGCUAUAAAAUAAAUAUUAGAUUUUUAAACCUAGGAUGUUUGUAGCUGUUGUUUUUACUGCAGAUAAUCGUGCUUCUUUCGAGAAAUAAAUGCUUUAAAUAAGCAAAAUUAUCUAGCAAGUUUGAAAAACAAGUUGGAAACUAGAUAGAGACUGGGAUUAAAGUCACAGUGAUUUGCGCUAGCUGUUACAAACUGGGACGUCUGGUCACCAUACCCUAUAGAUCCGGAACGGUAAGAGAUAGAGAAUGACGCUUAGUGAGGAAAAGUCACGUCCUGCCACCCUGAACAAAAUUUAAAAAAAAAAAACUGAUUGAAAAAAUCAUGAACAUUGACAGAGUUAUAAGUGAUUGAGAAAAAUCCCGUUUUUCAUGGAUCAUUCCAGAUCAGUGAUCCGGAUCAGCACCAAAAGUCAUAGCAAUGUAAUUCAGCCAAGAGGUAUUGAAAUUUCAUGUGAAAUUUGGUGAUGAUUGGAUGAAAACUGAGGGAGAAAUAGCGUCCUAAAAAACUGUCAGAAGAAGAAGAAGAAAGCAGAAAGAUCCUGAGUGAGAGUAACAAUUUGCACCAGUGUUGCUAGCGCAGAUUAAUUAGUGAAAAUGUCUAGAAAUAAGCCUCCCAAGGGAGGUUUUCUGGGCAUGCCUCACCGGGAGGAGACCCUGGGGCAGACCCAGGACAUGCUGGAGAGAUUACAUCUCUCGGCUGGCCUGGGAACGUCUCAGUAUUCCCCCGGACGAGCUGGUGGAGGGGGCUGGGGAGAGGGAAGUCUGGGCUGCUCUGCUUAGGCUGCUACCCCGCGACCCGGAUCCGGAUAAGCGGUAGAAGAUGGAUGGAUGGAUGGAUGGAUGGAUGGAUGGUCUAGAAAUAAGGCUUAAUCACAUUAUGAGGUAUUUUCUGAUAAAUUUAACCACACUCAAGAUAUUUUUUAUGUGCUAAGAUUUACCCUUUAGCAUGCUAAGCAUUUUUGUUGGUGUUGGUGUUGUUUAGUUUUGUUGUUGUUGUUUUUUUCUAAGAGUGUACUGGUUCCAAUAAAGCACCAGAAGAAUGUAAAUAUUUUAGGUCGUGAUUGAUUUUACCUAGAAACAUAGUGAGAUUUCAUUUGGUUCGUAAUUCAGUUACGUUCCUGUUUUCAUGCCUCUGGUCUAAAACGCUCAAGUGUCUCGAAGAGUCACUGAAACACACAGGGUAUCAGCAGGCAGAACAAUGACGCAGACUUUCUGAAAAUCCGAUAUCUGAUAUUUAACGCAGUAAAUGAUGUGAAAAUGGCAAGUCGCUGAUUCUGAAGCUGCCUGUGCUGAAGAAGGCGUGCUGUCCAAUAUUCAGACUGUGGAUUGUUAUUCUUGAGUCUAAAGCAAAAGGAGGAUUCAAAUUAACCCUCAGUCACAGUAUUUACUUGAAAAAAUUACUCAUCCAUGUUUAAAAAAAGCGUCUGCCUCUGUGAUACGCUUGUGUUCUGUUUUAUAUCCAUCUUUCACAUACUGCCACAUGUCGUUGGGUGAGCCCCAGCUGUCCAUCUGUCUGUCCGUCUGUCUGUCACGGACCUGAUAAAGCUUCCACCUUUAACAUUUUGUAAGAAUUAAAAAUGUCCUUCUAGCUCAGUGUUAUAGCAGGUGUUUUAGAAACGACUUUUACUAUUUCCAUAUCGGAUGAGAGAUAACAGAAUUAUCCUAACAGCAGGAGGAGGAGAAGGAGGAGGAGGAGAAGUGAGACAGGCAGAAAGGCGAGCUUCUCUAACUUUGUUAUAAUUAAUUGUAUACCUGUGUAUGUAAAUAUAAUGCAUUCCUAUUUUGCAGUCAAGGACAAAAUACUAUUUGUAAAAUAGAAUAAACUUUAUUAUGAAAAAA